GAUGACACGAUUAAGGGCAACACUGCCGCCGUUAACAGCGGGGCUCUUGACUGGCUACGUGACUUGACUGACGUGGCUGCGGCUACUUUGGAACAUCGCCGAUUCAACCGAGAGUUACUCCCCUCGCAUGGAUGCAAACUACAGAGCUGGUAGAAAGAACUCGAUGGUGAUGGAUUGAUUGGACGACGGGAAUGAAUGGUGGGUCAGGCCAAUGAAUGUGAUGUCUUCAGAAACUCCGAGAUCCGUUCCACGUCACUUAUCACAUGGUAUUUUGCUGUUUUACAUGCCGCCAAGAGACAUAAGUUCUCAACCAGAAUCAAAAGGAUAAUCAAUUCUUUCCGAAUAAUUCGUACAUUUCCAAGGCUCCGUCAAUACGUCUUCCAUCUGGAGUUGACGCACACACCUUUCCUCGACUCCUGUUACUCACGAUGCCUGAUUACAGUAACGUUAACCAGGAGUUUUCUCCAAAAAUUUCAGAACCAGCAACCUUCCUCUGUUCCCUUUGCCUUUUCUUUUCCGGGAAGCGCUCUCUGCCAUAAUGACUUCCACCUGAGUCGGGCGUUCGAUUCUUCCUCUGUUUUCCUCAGGAAUUUUCGCCCAGUUUCCACUCCAUCAUCAGUCACCCCUGGCCUGUCGAUCGGAUUCUUUGCUACAAGAGGGACGUUUGAUUUAUUUUGCACUCAUCGAGUGGAAACAAAAUGAAAGUUCUCGAUUUGCUGCGUUUGUCUUCCCGUGCGUCUAAGACGGGAAUUGAAAUCUGUCUCGAUUCUUCCUUGAUGUCCAACUUUC